AUGAGAUGUUUUCUAACGCUUGCUUUGCUCUUUGUAGCAGCAACCAUUGACGCAUACUCAGCACUUCCUCAUCCUCUAGCUCUUGCCGCUUCAUUUUCUCAUAUCUCUCGCGAGCUUGACCUUAUCAACCUCGGAAACUGCUCUCUUGCCAACGCAUCUAUCCCAUUGAAAGACACAGAGAUGAAACUACCACCCCCCUCUACGAACCUUACCCUCAAAUACGUUGUGCUUGGGCGUGGAACUCAGAACUACUCUUGCCUGGCGCUGAAUGCUCCAUCAAAUCACAAAGCCGCUACAAAGCCUAUUGCCACCGGAGCCGCAGCAACUCUCUUUGAUGCCUCUUGUGUUGCAUCGAGUUCGGGUGCUCUUCUCCACCAGCUCCCUGCAAUCAUGAGCAACACACCUCUUGGAAGCAUCGUCUUCAUGGCAGCUCUUUUCGGCCAGGGCACAAAGAGCACCGAUCUCAUAAUCGGCGAGCAUUACUUCAACGCUGGCGGGGAUCCGGUCUUUGAUUUGAGCUUGAGUGGCUCUCAAUCUUGGAUCGUUGCCAAAAAGGACGCAUCUGUCUCAGCUCCUGCGACGGGACUAUCUAAUAGGCAGAGCGGCAAUGUUCCAUGGCUGAAACUUGGACACAAGGAUGGGUGUAAUAUUCAGGAGGUUUAUCGAGUUGUGACAUCCCAAGGAGACCCGCCGUCUACAUGCACUGGUCAAAAUGAGACUAUACAAGUUGCAUACGCCGCGGAAUAUUGGUUCUACGGAUAA